GCCUAGACUGAAGCGCCUGCGCGCCCCUCCGAGCGGCGGGGGGCGCUGGGGGACGGCCUGAGGCGGGUUCUUCGGGCGGAGACAGGGCGAGGUGCGUAGGGCGCCACGUCGGCAGGCACUGAAGGAGCAGCCUGCCGCCAGAGACGCUCGGAGUUGGCUUCGCGAUUCGGGGGCUGCCGACGGAGCCCUCAGCCAGACUGACCCGAGCGGUGAGGAGAAAGCGAGACACCCACGGAGGUUUUACAUAGAAAAUCACAGUGGGACUUGUGAAUGCUGUAACAGUUGAUGUCAUUUAAUUGGAAGAAAAAAGAGAAGUUGUACUUGGGGUCUUGAAGGUAUACAGCAAGCCAUUAUAUAGGCAAUAAUGAACCAAACGGAUAAAACUGAACAAGAUGUUCCCCCAUAUCUUAAUGAUGAGCCACCAGAAGAUGCGUUAAAAGAUCAUCCACAGCAGCAGCCUGGCAUGCUUUCUCGUGUGACCGGUGGCCUCUUCAGCAUAACAAAAGGAGCUGUUGGUGCCACAAUUGGUGGUGUAGCAUGGAUAGGAGGGAAAAGUUUCGAAGUGACCAAAACCGCAGUAACAGCUGUGCCUUCUAUGGGAGUAGGAUUAGUUAAAGGAAGUGUUUCAGUUGUGACAGGAGGUGUUACAGCUGUAGGAUCUGCUAUCUCAAGCAAAGUGCCUUUAACAGGGAAGAAAAAAGAUAAGUCUGAUUAAGAAAGAGACUGAGGCCAGUUUGUCAAGGACAUUGCCUGUGCAGCUUUGGAAUCUGCAAAGAUUUGGACUGUUACAAAGCCACAGGUUUUAAGAUGCAUCUAAAGAGCUGUAUGAAUAUUUUUCACCUGAAAGGACAGAAGCAGCAUGGUGUCACAGUAUCUAAAACUUUAUAAAUUUCUUCAAGCACUCAUCUGGUGAAAUGUUACACUUGAUACGUACCUAAUCAAGUACAUGAAUCUGAAGGGAUAGCUCACAUUUGAAUAUUAAUUCCCUGUAGAUCUUCUUGCAGUUUUGAACUAAAAAUGUGAAAAAGUGAAGCAAAUAGUUAAGCAUUUUGAAGUUCUGUUGGUUCCAAGGGGAGGGAUUUAAAUAUGUGCUCCUUUUAAAAUCAAUUGAACAUGAAAGUGCUUAAAUAUUGGCUGGAUCAUGCCCUUAGUUGGUAGCCUCUGCAGUAUCAUAAAUAUAUUGAUGUUCUAGCUACAAGUCUAUGGUUUCUGUAUUUUCUUGGAUAAGGAAUCAUUGAACUGCCUAAAGGGUUUCAUAUAUCUUUGCUUUUUGAAACUAUUUUUAUACACAGUCUAAACUCUUUGAAUGGUGACUGCUGUCAGAAGCGUGUGUGUGUGUGUGUAUGUGUAUAGACGUAUCCUAUAUCAACUCAAUCAUUCAUGCCUUAUGGUGAAAAACAAUCUAUUUUUACUUAGAAAAUCUAUAAAGAUGUUGUAAUGUCCCUCAUUUCAAUGCAGUCUGUGGAAGAAGCUUUACACUUUUAAAAAACAACAACUUGAUACUGAUACUGACUGCUAAAUCUCAGGUGUAGCUGACUGGUACCCACUUCUCACCUAUAAAAUGAAAAAAAAAAGUGCUGUUAGAUAGUUUAAACUGACAUGUAAGUCCAAGUUUACAGUUCACACAAUAUUGGAUAGUGUUAAGUUCUAGAAUAAAAACACUUCUCUGUGGCUUCUAGGCCAACUAAACAAAUGACUCUAAAAUCUGCUUCUUGAACACAGGGCACAAAUCCAGCAACCAUUGUACUACAUAUCAAUAUCAUUUUAGUGGGUGAAAAUUGAAUAGAGACUGUGUAGUAGCAGUUGUUGAUGGAUUGGACUUCUCAUUAUUUUCAGUAUGAGAACAUAAAGAACUUUCUAGCAUUUACCUCAACAGGUAGGUUUGCUGAAGAUGAAAGAAAACACAAAUGGCAUCCAAGACUGACAAUGAUAAAAGCAGAGAUUAAAAAUAACUAGGCGACCUGCGUAGAAAUCAAUUUAAUGCAUACAUUUUCAAGGUUUCCUGAGCGGGUUGUAGAUGGGUGACUUGUUCUCUUGCUUCUAAUCCAUAAACUCCAAAGUAGACCUACUCUAAUCAGUAGGUUCUACUGUAGGUUAAUUGAGUUUAUGCCUUGUGAGUUUCAUUUUGAAGCUCUGAAGUUCUUCAGCAUGUUCUUGUUGACUUUGUAGCAUUUUUGGUAGCCCGUAAAAGAUGGCUGAAGUUCACAUGAAUAUUCUGUAUGCAGUAUUUCCUAAAACGUGUGUGUUGAAAUAAAAGGAAAAAUGUAAGCA